AUGACGUCGACUGAUGACGGCUUUGGGGCCAACGAACUGUUCUCUGGGGAAAAGGUCGAAGAUGUCGCCACGCCGCCGGCUGCAGCAGGCCCCAUGGCGGCGAUCGGUACGCUGUCCUCUACCGACAACGAGUCGGAGAUGGUUAGUGGGGAAGGGGUUGGUGCCGUCAAGAAGAAAAAGCGGAGAGGAAAGCGAGGCGUGCGGAAGGGAAAAAAGCAGAUGGAAGGAUUUGCCGGAUUCCCGCUUGCGCCCGGUCUCGGUCCGGAAUUCGCGGGACAGCCGCGCAGGCGGCUUCCUAAGGCGCCCUCGCUAGAGAUCAUGCGUGGCGAACACGAUCUGUCGGAGUAUUGUCUUCAAGACGAAAGCGGCAGCCAGACGGGCAGCGACGCGACGCCAAAGAUCGCGCCCGAUGGUGCUGGCCGCACGAUCGACAACGGUCAGGAGGACCUCUUGCCGGCGCCUGGGCACACGCGCAGCGCGGUCGUAGAUGAUGGCGGUGGCAAUGGAUACGCAUCGGUUGCAGACAAGAGGGGCGUAAGCGCCCAACGCCACAAUCAAGAAGACGGAGCGGACCGAAACGAGGGAUACGAUGAAGAUGACUGCGACGAGGACGAUACCUUGGGGGACAAUGAAGCGGAGGAGGUGUACACUGCCCUUGAUCCUGCUUCCGUGGAUGUCCAGGAGCACCGACAGUUCGCAGCUUCGCGCCAACAGUCGAGGGACCUUUCAGACUGGGGACACCUUGCUACCGCGGACGCCAAUCGCCCAUUCGGCGACAAGCGUGAGUUCCAUCACGGAGGCUACUAUGCGCAUCCGCAGUGCUCGCCGCAAGGCAGUGAUAACGACGCUCGCAAGAGCAACAUCAGUUCCGUCAUCCCUGGAGUCCAAGCAGUGGUGGUGGCGGGCGAGGAAAGAGGCAGCGGAGAGGGAGAAGGAACAACCUUGUGUCACUCCAACCGGCGACUUCCGACUCCUGGCAGCACCUCCAGCGGCAGGAGCUUGUCCAAGCGAAGGCGGCGGUAA